UAAAGAACGCCCAAACCUCCGGUCCAACCCACGAUGCCUCGCCAUUCUCCUCAGGCGCAGGAGCAUCAGCCGCAGCCUGAAUAUGCCCACCAUCAUGCGCCGCCCAUCUGACCGGAAAUCCCUGCCUGCAACCCGUCGCAUCAGUCGAGAUAUGCGUGCGACUUCCUUGCGCAGGCUCCCUGGCCCCCUCCAACCCAGCACAACCAUUAUUUCUAAUAAACCGAUCCCGCAGCUGGCGUCCAGCAUCGAUAUUCAACACGGGAUCGCGAAUCCCAUGGAUACCAAAAUACGGCACCCCUUCACCCCCUCCAUCACAUCCAGACAACUCCCCACCAGCAAUCACCGCCACAGCGCGGAAGUCCUUCGGACGCGCACACGCAAGCGACCCGUCCCCGAUAUACGCGUUCAUGGCGUCGAUGAAUUUGAGAUCGCGACCCCCGCUGUUCGCCCACCCGCCGUCGAGGCCCUGGGGCGCGACGAAGAUUGCUGUUUCGUCCGCUUCGUCCUGCAGGCCGUAGUAUUUCCAGUUUCUGGAUCCGCCGUCGCCGCCGUCGGCGACUUGGGACAUGCGGCCGCCGUUCCAGUGGAGCCCGUAGAUGAGCUUGUAUCCGGUGGAUUGCUGGUAGUUUGAGGGCACGCGGAUUGUGAAUUCGCGUCGGACGUUGUCGAUUGUGAGGGUUUUGACGCCCGAGGUUAUGGUUGGGGAUUUGUUGCAGCCGGUGCUUAGGGCGCUGUCUGCGAGAUUUGGGAGCGCUGAGAGUGUGAGGAGGAGGGGGUUGGAGAGAUGCAUGGUUGGGAAGGUUGAAGAUGGGUUAGGUGUUGUAUAGUCUGAUAUGUCUGUGGUGACGAGAAGAUGUUUAUCAGC